UUACACAACUGGGAGGACUUUGGUAUUUCUCCGCCUUGUUCCGCCUGCUUGCGCAAUGGAAAGCAUUUAAGGGGAAAAGUCCUAGCCUUAAAAAGUGGCUGGAUGAGCACCGGAGGCAGCUGCCAAAGGACAAGAUGGCAACCUGGAUGAGCCUUUUCUUAACUCAGUUGACCUUCAUUGCUGCAUCUAUAAAGGGCGGCUUGGCAGAGGACCCAGAAACUAGCUGCUGUGCACAGCUAAAAGGGCUGUCUGAGUGUGGGCCAGACAAGAAAUUCUUUUUCCAAGGCCAGCCUGGGACUCCCGGGAUCCCUGGCAUACCAGGAACAAUUGGAUCACCUGGAGCUAAGGGAGAUCCUGGCCCUCUGGGGCCCCCUGGUGAGAAGGGCUCCCCUGGAGAUCAUGGAAAAGCUGGACCCAAAGGAGAGAAAGGAGAAGCUUGUGCUUCGGACUGUGGAGGCAGCUCCCAGCAACAAGGCCCAAGAGCCAAGAACUGCAAAGAGCUUCUAGACCAGGGCGAGACCCUAAGUGGGUGGUACACCAUCUUCCCCACAGCUAAGAAAGCACUGGCUGUCUUCUGCGACAUGGAGACUGAUGGAGGAGGCUGGCUGGUGUUCCAGAGGAGACAGGAUGGAUCAGUAGAUUUCUAUCGUGGUUGGGAGUCCUACAAGAAGGGGUUUGGGAACCGAGCAUCUGAGUUCUGGCUGGGCAACGACAACAUCCAUGUUCUCACUAGUUCGGGGGCACACCAACUGAGGAUCGAUGCCGAGGACUUUGCCAAAGUCAGAACUUUUGCCCUGUAUACAAGCUUCAAAGUUCUGAGUGAAAAUGACAACUACACAUUGACCCUGGGCUCUUACUCCAGUGGUGACAUGGGAGAUUCUCUAUCUGUGCACGACAACAUGCCAUUUUCAACACGGGACAAAGAUAAUGACAACAGUGUCUCCAGCUGCGCAGAAGUCUACACGGGUGCAUGGUGGUAUGGGGACUGUCAUCAUUCUAACCUCAAUGGGCUCUAUCUCAAAGGCGAACACAGCUCUUAUGCCAAUGGCAUCAACUGGGCUGCUGGGAAGGGUUAUCAUUACUCUUAUAAAUAUGUGGACAUGAAAAUAAGACCAGAGUAGGUAGCGAAGAAAAGAUCUAGUGUAGGCUGGGUGCUUUACAGCAGAGGGCCUGGGCACUACUUCAGCUUCAAUCUCUCGUGCAUUCUCCAGUUUUAACCUGUGAGGCAGCCUGAAUAAGGAGACAUCUCCACAAAGGUGACACCUGACUUGUCCUCCUUGCCCCAGUCUUGAUCCAAUAAGGUUAUCAGUAAGGACUAGGGAGCAGGCACCUUCUGUAGCCUUAAGUCAGGGAUAGGGAAGGUGUGACUCUCCAGAUGUGGUUGGGAUUCCAAACUCCCUCCUAUCAGCCUCAGCCAGCAGUCAAGGAUGGUGGUUGUAGUCUAGUGACAGCUGGAGGGCCAUAGUUUCCUCAUUCCAGUCCUGCCAAACAAUCUUUAACUGCAAACAAGCACACAUAGUCCUACUUUAUAUUAGCUCCUGAAUCUACCCCUUCUGCAGAACUGCCCUUCCCCAUGCAUCCAAUAGCUGAUGUAGGUGGAAGAUUUGGAUACAAGAACUUGAUUUAAAGUAGGCCACGUUAUUGAGGAUCUUGGUACAAGAAACUAUACGGAUUGUGGUCAAUGCAUUAAUGUCUAUUUCUGCUAACUCAUAGCAGGCUAGCCUGAGGUAGAACUGGUAUAGUUGUGUGCUCACACACAUAUUUUUUAAGUCUUAAUAAGGUCCUAUCUCCUAUGUUCCUUCACCACUUAACAAAUCCAAACUUAAAAGCCAUGACUUCAUAUGGAAAAUGAGACAUAGUCAUAGCUCUGUAUUGCAACCAGCCUUUAUCUAGAUAUCUCCUACAUCCCUAGGCAGGAUAGGAGCUGCCUUCAAGAGCUCUUACAGGCUCAACCCUGUCAAGGUAUGGUCCACAAACAAUAAAUGCUGACUAUCUGGCAAUUCAGAAUGUAUAUCGCUUCUCAGGUUUGACUUUUGGCUGGAGAAUGCCUUAGAAUUUUUGCAGCUAGCUUGACAGAAGCAGUUAUGGGGACAGCUGUUGCUUUCGGGGACUGUUGUAGCUCUUAAUUAUUAAUAUUAUUUGUAUGAGUAUGUUAGCCUUCUCAACCUGUAUAUGAAAAACAAAUAAACAGAUCUUAAACAGACAUGGUAAAGUCUCUAGAACUCUUUCCAAAGAUGAUGAUGAUUCUUUAGGCUGCCCUUGGAAUUUAGAGUAUAAAAUACUAUAAUC